AUGCUCAGUUCUCCUUGUGACACUGUCAUCAAGGUGGUCUUCUUUGGUAUUCUCAUGGAGAUCUUCGAUGUUACCGCCAACGCUCACAGUAGAGAUGAAGAAACUGUCGACAAGGCCGUCCAGGGGAAGGAUGGACCUCUUCAGAAGUCUACCAAAGAUGUAGAUCGCCUCCCUGGAAGACGCCUAUAA